AUGCACUUUCUCCAGCUCCUGUUCAGAGCCAGCUCUGCUGCCCUGCUCCUGGUUCUCUGUCUGCAGCUGGGGACCAACAAAGCUCAGGAAAACACCGGUCGAAAAGUGAUGAAAAUGGAGGUACAGAUGCCCCGCAGAGCAAACGCAAGUGAAGAAAUCACUGUGAAGAUGAAUGUUAAAACAGAAUUGCGAGAAUGUAUGGUGAUUACAUCUUACCUCAGAAGCAACAUUACAAUCGAAGGUCCUUUUAACUAUCGUUUCACUGCCUGCCUCUGUGAGAAUGCUCCAAGAAAUUUCUACUGGGACUUUCACAUCAAUGAAACUGCAAAAAUAGUAGCAGUGGCCCACGUUAUUCAACAACUAGAUAUCUGCCCCAACAAUGAGGCAGUGGUGCCCUUGGGACCAAAAUAUAUUUAUACCAUUGGGACCAUAACCGUAGGCUGA